AUGAAUGCGGGAAGAGGGCGACAUCGCACUCCGAGAAGCUCGCAAUCAUUCUUCAUGCAAAGUCGGCAGAGCCGGGUCAGCCGCACAUGGUUUCAGCAGAAGUUUUUCAUUUGCGGAUGCAGGCAAGAGCUGCCUUUGCAACCGCUGGUUCACCGAAAUUCCGCGUGGACCGUCUUGGCGGCUUCCACCGUCAUGGCACUGUUGAAGCGCCGCAGGGAAGGUCGACCUCUCCAAGCAGCUGGCGGAGAGGUCUCAGCCGUGUCCGUGGACGAGGAGGUGAUGUCACAUGGUACCAUGAAUGACGAUGAACCGAAUCCAGUUCUCCGUUAUGGUGUGACCAAUGGUUCUAUGUUGCCUUGGACCAGCGCCAAACUUCCAGACUUGCUGCCAGAGGUGCUCUUUUCUGGCAAGGCUCUGCCUCCAGAGGCAGCCGGUUGCGGUCCGGACCAGCUCGCCUGCUUACUGAGCAUGCUGGAAGCCGAAGAGGUUGACUUCGUCAUGGCCCCGGCGAAGGAUGUCGCCCUGGAGUUGCCGCAGGGUCUAGUUGCCGCAGCUGUCCUCCGUGAGGAUGCUCGUGACGCGUUUGAAGGACGGGAAAAAGCUCACGGACCGUGCACAAAACAUGCUUGA